AUGACGUACGAGAUCGCAAAGCACGCAAAAGUUCAUGAAAAUGAUUGGGUAAUCGAAAUCGGUCCAGGCCCGGGAGGUAUCACUAGAGCAAUUCUAGAAGCUGGUGCUUCGAGGCUUGAUGUGGUUGAAAUCGACAAUCGGUUCAUUCCACCUUUACAGCAUCUCGCCGAGGCAGCAGAUUCACGAAUGUUCAUACAUCAUCAAGAUGCUCUCAGAACAGAAAUUGGAGAUAUUUGGAAGGCUGAAACACAGCGACCGAAGUCUGUUGAUUGGAACGAUUCAAGUCUUCCUCCAAUGCAUGUCAUUGGUAAUUUACCGUUCAAUAUCGCUUCUCCUUUAAUUAUCAAAUACCUCCGUGACAUGUCAUAUCAGCGUGGCGUGUGGCAAUAUGGUCGAGUUCCUCUCACGUUGACAUUUCAGUUGGAAGUCGCAAAAAGAUUGUGUUCUCCAAUUGCUUGUGAUACACGUUCACGUAUUUCGAUUAUGGCACAAUACGUAACAGAGCCAAAAAUGGUAUUUCAAAUUUCAGGCUCAUGCUUCGUCCCCAGGCCCCAAGUAGAUGUUGGAGUUGUUCGAUUCGUGCCUAGAAAAACGCCUCUUGUCAAGACUUCAUUUGAAGUUCUCGAAAAGUUGUGUCGGCAAGUAUUUCACUAUCGACAAAAGUAUGUCGAAAAAGGGCUGAAAACACUGUAUCCGCCGGAAAUGGAAGAUGAAAUGGCAGAUGAGUUAUUGAAAAAGUGCCGUGUUGAUCCAACAACAACAUCUAUCCGAUUAGGAAUGGAACAAUUCGCAGAUCUAGCAGAAGGUUAUAACGAACAGUGCAUACGACAUCCUGGACUGUUCCUGUACGACUAUACGAACAAGCAUCAUAAUCUGGAAAGUUUAUCGAAAGAACCAAAUGCUCUUCCUCCUCCAGUCCCUGUUUCCUAUACUCCAUCAGAGUCAGAAGACAGAAGUGACCUUGUUGAUGUACUCCUUGAACUCAUCGAACGUAAUCUUGGAGUCUCCAUCCUUAUCAGCCUCCUUGAUAACCUGGAUCAAGAACUUGAGAUUGGUCUUGAACACUGGAUCCUUCUUGUCAUCUUUCUCAGCUCCGAGAAGCAUGCAGAUAACAUCAUCCUUGCUGAUGAAUCCACUCAUAUCCUUAUCGUGGAGAGAGAACAUUUCACGGAGUUCAUGUUCUGGAAAUGA